AUGAAACUCCUUGGUCCUCUUGAAUUUUCUGAUAUGAAUUUGGGUCCACCGAAUAAAAAUUCUUCCAUAUUAUGUACAUCAUCACGAUUUACUGAACGUUCAUAUAUAUGUGGAUAUUUAGGAAUAACUGGUUUAAUUGAUGAAUAUCCAAUAUUAUCAACAUUUUUUGAUGCUGAAAUCAUUUCUAAACGUUAUCCAUUUUUAACACGUAAAUGGGAAGCUGAUGAAGAAGUUGAUAAACAACAUUGGAGUAAAUUUGAUGCAUUUUUACCUUUUAUUGAUACAUUUAAUAAUGAUUCAUUUGAUUAUGAUCAAUUAUUAAGAGGAAAAAAUUCUGAUUAUGUUUUUAUGAGAUGGAAAGAACAUUUUCUUGUACCUGAUCAUACUGUUAGAGAUAUUACUGGUGCAUCAUUUGCUGGUUUUUAUUAUAUAUGUUUACAAUUGAGUACAGGAAAACUACAAGGUUAUUAUUAUCAUAAUUCAUCUGAAUGGUUUCAAAUUGGUACAUAUCGUAGUGCCGCGCAGAACGUUAUAACUAGUUGUUUCAUCAGUAGUUCUUCUGGAAUUGCUAUAAUGGAAAAUUGUGAAAGUUAUUUAAUGCCGAGCACAAUUUGUGUAUCAUGUCGUGGAGAACGAUCAGCCGCUUUAGUUCGACCAAAAACAAGUGAACCAUAUUGUAAAAUAUGUUUUUUUCAAGCAUUCGAACGUGAAAUACAUGAAACAAUUGUUAAAGAACAAUUAUUUAAACCCGGAGAAACAAUUGCUAUUGCUGCAAGUGGUGGAAAAGAUUCUACUGUUCUUGCAUAUGUAUUAAAAUUACUUAAUGAACGACAUUCCUAUGGUCUUAAUCUUGUUUUAUUAUCAAUUGAUGAAGGUAUAACUGGUUAUAGAGAUGAUUCACUUGAAACAGUAAAACGUAAUCAACAACAAUAUGAUUUACCAUUAAUUAUUCUUACAUAUAAAGAAUUAUAUGGUUGGAGUAUGGAUGAAAUUGUUAAAGCAGUUGGUCGUAAGAAUAAUUGUACAUUCUGUGGUGUAUUUCGUCGUCAAGCUCUUGAUCGUGGUGCAAUGAAAUUAUCCGUAAAUAAAAUAGCUACAGGUCAUAAUGCAGAUGAUAUUGCUGAAACAAUUCUAAUGAAUAUUCUUCGUGGUGAUAUAGCACGUCUUAAACGAUGUACAUCAAUAAUAACCGGUGAUGAAUCUGAUGAUAAUGAAAUUUCUGUUAUACCUCGUUGUAAACCAUUAAAAUAUGCAUAUGAAAAAGAAAUUGUUCUUUAUGCAUUUUAUAAACGUUUGGAUUAUUUUUCUACAGAAUGUAUUUAUUCUCCAAAUGCAUAUCGUGGUAAUAUAAGAACAUAUAUAAAAGAUUUAGAACGUUUAAGACCAUCAUCAAUAAUUGAUAUAAUACAUAGUGGUGAACAAUUAAUUGUUAAACAAACAACAAAAUUACCUGUACAACGUAUAUGUGAACGAUGUUCAUAUUGUUCAUCAAUGCCAAUAUGUAAAGCAUGUUUAUUAAUUGAAGGUCUUAAUAAAGGUAUACCAAAAUUAGGUAUUGGAAAAACUGAACGUUAUCGAAAAGAAAUGCAACAAAAACAAGAUCAAUGUUGUAAUGAUCAAUCAUUAUGUCAUUGUAUGAAAGAAAAAUUAUCAGUGACUGAACAAAACUAA